GUUACAGGCAAGCCUAAAGUUAGUUAACAAAAAAGAUUUAGACGAUUAUUUAGUUUUUCCGUGUUACAAUUCUGCUUCCAUCAGUAAUUAAUAGUAUUCUCUAUCAAUUAAUUUAGGAUAUAGCUUAUAUUUUUUGAUAUUUUUCAUGUUUCGUAAAUUUUUUUGCAUUUAUUAAUCAUCAAGAAGCUGCACCAUUUGAUCACAAUAUCCUCGUUCUAUCUUGUUUGGUUGGUGAUAGGUAUAAAUGUGUGACGCAUCAACGAAAAAUUGCAAGCUGGUAUCAUUGUGAAUUGGUAAACACAUUUUCCUCGUCCAAGAUCGAGGAUAGAAAUUUGGAGCAGGAUAAGAAAAGACAGAAGUUUGGUGAAAAUAGUAGAAUAGUGACUGAUAUACCAAGCCAACAUGAAUAAAACGUGUGCUCGGUGUGAGAAAACCGUUUAUCCCAUUGAAGAACUCAAAUGUCUUGAUAAGAUAUGGCAUAAACAAUGUUUUAAGUGUCAAGGCUGUGGAAUGACUCUUAAUAUGAGGACUUAUAAAGGAUUUAAUAAACAACCAUAUUGCGAAGCGCAUAUACCGAAAGCGAAGGCUACAACAAUGGCAGAAACUCCGGAGCUUAAACGUAUUGCAGAAAAUACAAAAAUUCAAAGUAAUGUUAAAUAUCAUGCAGAAUUUGAAAAAGCAAAGGGUAAAUUCACUCAAGUAGCCGAUGAUCCUGAGACACUGAGGAUUAAACAGAACAGUAAAAUUAUUUCAAAUGUCGCAUACCAUGGAGAAUUACAAAAAAAAGCUAUUAUGGAGCAAAAACGAACAAUGACUGGGGAAAAUGAUGAACAAAUAGAAUAUGUAGAAUAUACCGAUGGAACAGUAACACCAGCAGGUAGCAUAUUGAAUGCAAAUCCUCCUAUGCCAGUUCGAACAGUAAGUCCAGUACAGAAAAUAACUCCUGGAAGAAUUUCUGACUACGAUCCUGGAGCAGAAACAAGACCCAGUCCGUAUUCAGCUAGACAAGCAGCUACUACUGUUAUUUAUACUAGCGAUAAGGGCGCAGUGAACAAUCCACCUGCAAGAAAAAUCGGUUCUGUCGCUGAUAUUGAUCCAGUCAAUGAAUAUUAUGGAUCUUUAACGCCUUCUAUUAACAACAAUCAUGUUCCUCCACAACAACAACCACCUCAACAACCUCUUCCCUCUAAUUCACUAAGAGUCUAUCGUGCAUUGUAUGAUUAUGAGGCUCAAGAUUCAGAUGAGGUGAGUUUCUGUGAUGGUGACCUUAUUCUCAACUGUACGGCAAUUGACGAAGGCUGGAUGACGGGCCUCGUUCAGCGAACCGGAUGUCAUGGAAUGCUGCCGGCUAAUUAUGUUGAACCAGCCCAUAUUUAAAUAAUAUUUAACUUGCCUGGCUAACUAUUUGUUGGAUUUGAAAUGUAUAAGUAUGAAAGUUAUCAUUGCUAUUUCAUAAUUCUAUUAGCAAGGGACCAUAAUUAUUAAUAUCAUCAAUAUAAAGAUAUAUAUAUAUAUAUAUAUAUAUUUAUAAUCCAGUCAAUUAAGACAAUGAUAAAUGAUACUUGUGAUGAGAAAGAUAAGAUUUUAUAUACAAAAAUCUUUUUAAAGUUCGUAUACUUUUUUUUUACUCAGCCUUAUUUGACUGGAUUUAUGAUAUUUUCUUGAAAGUGUACACUUUGUUAUUACGUAACGAAGAUUCAGAAAACUAUUAUUAAGAAUAGUUGACUAUCUACCGGAUAAAAAGUGCCUUUACGAUUUCUCUAGAGCAUUUAUAUCAUUCCAUAGAAUACUCUGAAGAUUUUACAAAUUUUUUAACAGAAGUAAUCUCCCAUUUCUCUAUUAUAAAUUAAUAAAAUUAUUUUUAUUAAGAAAAAUACUAAUCCACGAGUAUGGAUAUAUAUCGUUAAAUUUAUAUUUUUUGUCAUUAUUCGAGUAUGUUAUAUUUAAAUUAUCCAAAAGCAUUUAACAAAUAUUAAUAUUUUUAAUAAGAAUGUUGAAAAUGCGUAGACUGUAAUGGAUAGGUAAAGUUGAUAAUGCUCGAUUUGGAUAAUUUGAGAACAAAUUAAUAACUUCAAUGUUAUUAAUGUAAUAAGUACAAUUAGAUGGUUUUUUUUAGUAAAUAUUAACAACAAAUAUGUUGUUUAAAUGAGUAAAGUUAUUAGUAAAUUCCUUUAAUAUUAUUAGAUAACAAUUGAAACAGAUAAUAUUUUUCGAAGAAUAUUAAGAUUAUUGAAUUACUUUUUAAAAAAUACCAUAAAAUAAAUAUGUGCAUUAUGUAGAUUGAAAAACAUUCUUCCAUUGUAUUUCUUUAUUUUUUAUUAUUAAUAUGUGCUAAUAGUAAAAAAUUGCUUGUAUUUAGAUCAAC